AUGAGAGAGAUACUUUCAAUCCACGUUGGACAGGGAGGAAUUCAAAUGGGAAAUGCUUGUUGGGAGCUUUACUGCCUGGAACAUGGUAUUAAGCCUAAUGGAGAAAUAGAUCGGGACUCAGGCAAGCCAAUUGAGUCAGCUUCAUCCUUCUUUUCAGAAACAAGUACUGGUAAUAUGGUACCCAGAGCUGUCAUGGUCGAUCUAGAACCAGGUGUCAUUGAUGCAAUCAAAAGCAGCGAAUACAAAAGUCUUUAUCAUCCAUCGCAACUUAUCUCAGGUAAGGAAGAUGCGGCCAAUAACUAUGCCAGAGGUCAUUAUACAGUUGGUAAAUCAAUCAUUGAACCAACUAUGGAGCAGAUAAGAAGAUUAGUUGAUAAUUGCAACAGUUUACAAGGAUUCUUUAUCUUCCACUCAUUUGGUGGAGGAACUGGAUCUGGUUUAGGUACUUUAAUUAUGGAGCGCUUAUCUCAGGAGUAUGAGAAGAAAAGUAAGUUGGAGUUUGCCGUUUAUCCGGCCCCACAAGUAUCUAAUUCAGUUGUUGAGCCUUAUAAUUCAGUUCUAACUACGCAUAUGACUUUGGAACAUGCUGAUUGUUCCUUUUUAGUUGAUAAUGAAGCGAUUUAUGAUAUGUGCAAGGGAUUAGGUAUUGAUCAGCCGGGCUAUGUUGAUUUGAACCGAAUUAUUGCCCAGGUGGUUAGUUCUAUUACGGCUUCAUUACGUUUCCCGGGUUCUUUGAAUGUUGACUUAGCUGAGUUUCAAACUAACUUAGUGCCUUACCCGCGUAUUCAUUUUCCCUUAGUUGCUUACUCACCGAUGAUUUCAGCUGUUAAUGCGGCUCAUGAACAAUUAUCGGUUAGUGAGAUAACAAUGGCUUGUUUUGAAUCACAAACGCAAAUGGUUAAGUGCGAUACGCGACGAGGGAAGUAUAUUGCUUGUUGUUUACUCUUCCGUGGUGAUGUCAAUACUACCGAUGUUAAUCAUGCUAUUAAUGGGAUCAGGAGGAAGGGAUUGGACCGGUUUGUAGCUUGGUGUCCGACUGGGUUCAAAAUCGGUAUUAACAACGAGCAGCCCACUACUUUACCGGGUGGGCAUAUGGCUAAGGUUAAACGGGCAGUUUGUUCGUUGGGUAACAACACGGCUAUUGCUGAUGCCUGGCAGAGACUUAAUGCUAAGUUUGACCUUAUGUUUGGCAAGCGGGCCUUUGUGCACUGGUACGUAGGUGAAGGUAUGGAGGAGGGUGAGUUCAGUGAAGCCCGGGAGGACUUAGCUACUUUGGAAGCCGACUACCAUGAGUUAGGUGCUGAGAAGAAUGGGUAA